UCCCGCCGUCUAUGAGCUCCAUCGUCUACUGUACUGGGGUACGAGAGGGAGGGGAGAGCGAAUGGAACCUGAUGCUCGAGCGGUACCGCCAAGAAUCAAACCCUUCGCAAAAAACUCAGAUGCUGAGGAGUCUGGCUUGCACCUCCAAAGUCUGGCUUCUUGAAGUCCUGCUGGAGAUGUCGCUGCAGAACACUGGACAUCAAGCGCGAUGAAGGCACCGGCGUCAUCGCCAGCGUCGCCGCCAACGUCAACGGCAGACCGUUAGCCUGGGACUUCGUGCGUGAGAACUGGGACACCAUCAUCGCCAAUUUUUCCCAGUCGGCCAGCCGCCUCCGUGGGAUGACAAAGACUAUCGCUGAUGGAUUUCACACUCCGUACAAACUACAACAGCUGAAAGACUUCAUCAGCUCGCUGGCCAGUCUUCAAACGGCCGAGCAGGCCCUCAAGCAGGCCGUGGAGACUGUGGAGGUCAACAUCAGAUGGCACGAGGAGGCGUAUCCCAACAUCAUUCAAUGGCUGGAAGGCCGCGGCUAUCACAAAUUUGAAGGUUCUGGAUCAUCAUCAGCUGACAAGCUUACUCUGGAAGACAUUCUCCUGCCUACAAAUCUGCGGCCAGAGCAUUACGACAUUACUAUACAGCCUGAUAUGGAGGGACCGGAUCCGAAGAAAUUUACCUUCAACGGAACCGUCACAAUGACUUUCACCUGCGUGAAUGCAACUGACAAAAUUGUGCUGCAUGCCUCCAUGCUGGAGGUGGACAACGUUGUACUGAAGUCGACAGAAGUCACAAACAUUCCCCAGGUUGUGAAACAAGAGACAGACCCAAGAGGUUGAGUUUUUGACCAUACAGCUAAGUGCACCCCUUCAGUCCGGCGGCAACUACAGUGUCAGCAUGAACUUCAAGGGCGACUUGUCAGGUGGUCUGGACGGCUUCUACCUCAGUUCAUACGUUGAAAACAACAAUACAGUAUACCUGGGCACUACUCAGAUG